GCUGAGCCGGUACGAAGCCGAAAAUCGAGGACUUACUAAGGAGAGAGAUGCCUUCAAGCUUUUCAGUGAGCAGAGAGAAGGGGAAGCAAAAGGACUUCGGGAUGAGCUAGAAGAAGCUCAAAAAGAACAAGCUGAUCUGGCCGAGAAGGUCCAGCAAAAGCUCGAUGUGAUCGGACAACUUCGUGAGGAAGUGGACUAAGUGAAAGCAGAGACCGAGGCAUGGAAGAAGAACAUGGACCGCCUUGCCUCAGAAAAGGAAGUUGCCCGAGUUCAACUGGCCUCGACUGAGACCCAACUCUGAAGCUUGAAAGAGAAGGUCUUGGUGCAAGCCAAGAAAAUUGAGGAGUUCCAGUCUCGGUUGGAUUCAGCAACUUCCGAUCGAGAGAGGCUGGCCACAGAACUUGCAGCGGCCAAAUCGGAGGUCGAAAUGACCAAGGUUAAUGAUGAUGCAAUGGUGGCCGUCUACCGGUCCGAUGCUGAAGCUGCUCAGGUUCGAGCAAAGGAGGUUGCCGAAGCUGCUCAGGCUCGAGCAAACUGGGUUGCUGAACAUGCUAAAUGCCAGUCUCGAAGGGAGACUCUCAAGGAGAUCCAUGCUCGUGGCUUCGAUCUUACAGCCGAGAUCGAGAAUGCUAAGGAGCUCGAAGCUGAAGCCAGAGUGUUGGCCUUUCCUGAUGAUGAUGAUUCUGGGAGUAUGAGCGGAUUUGAAAGCGGAGAAGGCCUCGAAAGCGAAGAUGCUUCACCUGGAGAAGACUAA